UUCAGUCUUCCUAACGCUCCACUACCCGAAGGAUGGGAAAUGCGUAUAACUGAACAAGGAAUUCCUUUCUUCAUUGAUCACAAUACUAAGUCAACAACUUAUAACCAUCCUCGUACUGGCCGCCCUGUUGGACCUCUUGGAGGGCCUGGACUUCAAAUGGCUUCGGAUAAGACGUUUAAGAACAAAGUUGCUCAAUUUCGUUAUCUGUGUUAUUCUAAUGCUUUUCCUAAACAUGUAAAAAUUUCUGUUACUCGUCAAAAUCUGUUUGAGGAUUCGUUUCAAGAGGUCAUGAGAAAGAGUCCAAUAGAAUUUCGUAAUCGUUUAUAUAUUCAAUUUAAAGGAGAAGAUGGGCUUGACUAUGGAGGUGUUGCUAGAGAAUGGUUCUUCUUACUUUCUCAUGAUGUGCUCAACCCUAUGUAUUGUCUCUUCGAAUAUGCCAAUUCAAAUAAUUAUAGUCUUCAAAUAAACCCUGCUUCUUUUGUAAAUCCUGAUCAUUUAAAAUAUUUUGAAUUUAUCGGUCGUUUUAUUGCAAUGGUUUGGCUUAAAAACCUCAAAAAAUAUUUUUAUUUAAAGGCUUUGUUUCAUGGAAAAUUUAUUUAUAGCGGAUUUACUCUUCCUUUUUACAAAAAGAUGCUUAGCCGGAAAAUAACUCUUAAAGAUUUGGAAUCUGUUGACUCAGAGUUUUACAAUUCUAUUGUUUGGAUUCGUGAUAAUAACAUUGAUGAAUGUGAUAUGGAAUUAUAUUUUGUGGUAGAUUAUGAAUUGUUGGGUGAAGUAAAGACACAUGAAUUAAAAGAAAAUGGAACUGAAAUAGCCGUUAAUGAAGAGAAUAAAGUUGAAUAUAUAGAAUUAUUGGUAGAAUGGAGAUUUAAUAGAGGAAUUGAACAACAAACAAAUGCUUUCUUUCAAGGAUUUACAUCUAUUUUUCCUCUUCAAUGGCUACAGUAUUUUGAUGAGCGUGAACUUGAAUUGCUUUUAUGUGGAAUGCAAAAUAUUGAUGUAGAUGAUUGGCAGCGAAAUACUGUUUAUCGACAUUAUGCCCCACAAAGUAAACAAAUUCAGUGGUUCUGGCAAUUUGUUCGAUCUUUGGAUCAAGAAAAACAUUCCAAAUUGUUACAAUUUGUUACAGGGUUUGUUAUUUUUUGA